ACGUCCACGCCGGUCAGACGACCUCGUCGACCUCAUUUGUUCGCUAUUAAAAAAAACCCUAAAUUUUGUUAUUUACAUAAAAAUUGUAAAUUAACGGCGCCAGAAAUGAUUGGCUAACUCAACAGGUAAACAUCGUGGGAUCAAAAUCAAAAUAACUAUGGGUACUGUUUAUGCGAAGGAACCCUCAAAAUCCCAGAAUUUGGGCUCUUCACUGGGAGGCAGAAAACCAAAUCUAGGAGAUAAGGAUACUUAUUAUAAUGGAGGAUCCAAUCUCUCUGCAGAACCUGGAACUCCACAGAAAGCUGUGCGGAACUUGGGCGAUAUUAAGACACGUGUAGAUAAAGUGCACGUGGAUGGUCUCGUUCGCACGAAAGACGAUGUGGUAAAAUCCCAGCUGAAAGAACUUUUUAAAGCUCAUAAUUUCGACGACCUUAUUUUACAAACUUACAAUGUUCGAAGAAGGCUCGAAUCACUAGGAUGUUUCAAAAACAUCAACGUGUUCAUCGAUGCAAGUCAAGGACCUAAUUCCACUCCGGAGGGGGUAGAAGUUACAUUUACUGUUCGUGAGCUCAGGAGAAUAAGAGGUUCUAUAAACACAGCAGUUGGGAAUAACGAAGGUUCUGUCACGCUUUCCACAGAAGCGCCUAAUAUUUUUGGAAGAGGGGAACGCUUAACUGCAGAGUACUCCUACGGAACAAAAAACUCCAACCAUAUUAACAUUUCGGCGAUAAAGCCUUUCUUUGACAGCAGACAUCAAAAAGUUCUAACGACAAGUAUAUUCCGAACUUCGAGCGACUUUCCGUGGUCUGGAUAUAAAUUAAGCAACAAAGGGUUCCUGGUAAACUUGGCAGUGAAUCAGGGAAAGCGUAGCAAGAUAAUGCACAAUUUCCAAUAUGAAGCGGACAUCAGAAAUGUAACUGCCUCGAAGCAAGCAGCUUUUCAGGUUCGCGAGCAAUGCGGCCCGACUUUGAAGUCAGCUAUGAGGCACAUCUUUUCAAUUGACAAGAGGGAUGCUACGUUAUUUCCUUCCAAGGGUUCACUGAUUGAAAUAACGACGGAACUUGCUGGCCUCGGAGGAAAUAUUGGAUUCUUAAAGAACGAAUUGAAUCUACAAACCAAUUGGACUGUAUUUGAUGACCUCACAUUCCAGCUGGGAUUCCAGUCCGGAUUUUUACGAGGAAUCAGCAACGACCUUAAAAUAAAUAUCGUGGAUCAAUUCUUCCUCGGAGGGCCCUUGAGUCUCAGAGGUUUUGAGAUGCGGGGCCUCGGACCUCGAAGCGAUGGCAGUUCUUUGGGUGGUGAUAUUUUCUGGGCUGCAGCAUUGCAUUUAUAUACGCCACUUCCAUUCCGACCAAGUUUUGCUGCCUUUAUCAAGCUUCAUGGUUUCAUUAAUGCGGGCAAUUUGAAUAACUUGUCAGAUAUGAAGACUGGCAACGAUUACGACGAGUACCUGAAAAUAUUUACGCACAACGUGCGCUGUUCAAUGGGCUGCGGCAUCGCAAUGAUUUUAGGAAAUAUGGCACGAGUGGAAUUGAACGUAAUUAUGCCCAUUUUGUUCGCGAGGAGCGAUGCGUUAACUCAAUUUCAGUUCGGGAUAGGUGUAAAGUACUUGUAAACAUCUCAAACUCAAAAAUAGGAUUCUUUUUUUUUUGCAUGAAGACAUCACAACAUUUGAGACUAGUUUCCCCAUAAAAGUCUAGUCUAGUACAAAGAUUUUAUCACUUGUCCAGACGAAGCAUUUGAAUUUGUGAAGUGUACCGGACUGCCUCGUUUGUAGAGUAUUUUUAGAAUAAAAAACCUUUAUAAUCUUU